AGCAGAGAGCAGCUGCCAGACGAGCUCGCGCGCGCGUCCCACUGCAUGUUCACCAAAUACACCUCGAUCACCCAUACAGAGCUCCUGAAUUAACCGCUGUUUAAACAUGGUCGACCGCGAGCAGCUGGUUCAGAAAGCCAGACUGGCCGAGCAGGCUGAGCGGUAUGACGAUAUGGCUGCUGCCAUGAAAUCGGUAACAGAGAUGAACGAGGCCCUUUCCAACGAGGAGAGGAACCUGCUCUCUGUGGCCUACAAGAACGUGGUGGGCGCGCGCCGUUCCGCCUGGCGCGUCAUCUCCAGCAUCGAGCAGAAGACCUCCGCUGACGGCAACGAGAAGAAAAUCGAGAUGGUCCGCGCUUACCGUGAGAAAAUCGAGAAGGAGCUGGAGGCCGUGUGCCAAGACGUACUCAACCUCCUCGACAACUUCCUGAUCAAGAACUGCAGCGACACCCAGCACGAGAGCAAAGUCUUCUUCCUGAAGAUGAAGGGCGACUACUACCGUUACCUGGCGGAGGUGGCCACGGGCGAAAAGAAAGCCACGGUGGUGGAGUCUUCUGAGAAGUCUUACAGCGAGGCCCAUGAGAUCAGCAAAGAGCACAUGCAGCCUACACACCCCAUCCGCCUGGGCCUGGCGCUCAAUUACUCGGUCUUCUACUACGAGAUCCAGAACGCACCCGAGCAGGCCUGCCAUCUGGCCAAGACGGCUUUCGACGACGCUAUAGCUGAACUGGACACCCUGAACGAGGACUCCUACAAAGACUCCACGCUCAUCAUGCAGCUCCUGCGAGAUAACUUGACGCUCUGGACGAGCGAUCAACAAGACGACGAGGGAGGCGAAGGCAACAAUUAAACAUUGAAGAAAAGAGAAGAUCUUUGAGACCCUUUUCCUCUCAGCCGUAACAUAAAACACGCGUGCUCACACAACAAAGAAAAACAAAACAAGUAUGUUACAUGAAAAAAUUCACAAAAGGGGGCAUGAUGGAACUGUGUCAGCCAUGUUUGCUGAUUGCAAAGCAGCGCAGUUUUCUUUAUUAUCCACAAAAUUACAAUUGAGAGAAAUAUGCUAGUUAUAAAGAACGGUAUGUCUCAAAAAAAUUUAAGAAGUAGCUUAAAAAUAAUAAAUUAAACCUCUCUUUCUGGGACGUUUACUUGACACUUUGAGGAAGAAGCUUGUCAGUACAUCAGUCGUUUCUAAAUGGCUGAAGGGUUACGCUAAACCCACUGGUAUAGGUACUGUUAUUGUAGUGAAAUACGAAGUGGAGCUGCUUAUAUUCAUUUACAUUGUGAGUAAAGAGUACUUUAAAGCGACAAGGGUGGGCUUAACUGACAAAAAAAAUCUUUAAGUGAAAACUUGAAUGUUCUCGCCUCGCAGGUAUUUGCAAACAGGCUGCACUGGACGUAAACGGUCAUGUUUUUGUCUGAUAUACGUUCAUAGGGAUUCUGAAUGGCACCCACUAAUGUUUACGUCAAACUGGUUAUCUGUGCCAUUGAUGAUACACAUCAUUAGUAUGCAUCUCACAUCGGAACUACACAAAACUACUGUAUUACAGUAAUGUUGAUUAGGUUUUCAAAAAUAACAGUUAUGACUUCCCUAGUACAUGUAUUGCCUUUUCAAUCCAAAGCUAAAACCGUUUUCUAAUCGUUAUUGUUAUCAUUAUUAUUAUGGACACCGUUUAAAAAAAUCACCAAGCCUGACCCACAUUGUACAAGAAAAUGAGAUUUGAUUUUAAAGCACAGAAGAGUAGUUCUAAACAUUAUCGAUUAAAAAAAAAAAA